AUGGAUAUACGCGUUUUUGAAAAGAAAUCCCGACUUGUCUUUGAGAAAAGCACAUGCCUUACAGAGGGAGAGGGUUUCGGUGUCGCAGACAUAUUUGAUGACUAUUUUGCUCUGCUCAAAUCUACAAUUCAAGAACUGUCUCUUGAAAAUGUCCCUUCUAACAUAUACAACUGUGAUGAAAGCGGUUUUUCUGGCACUAUUAAUAACAGUAAAAAGGUUGUCGUAUCAAAAGGGACCCGCCAUUCUUAUCAGGCCAUGGUUAAUUUUUCUGGUCAUGUUACAAUGCUGAAUGCCAUAUCUGCUGCUGGUGGAACACUGCCCCCGCUACUGAUCUUUUCACAAGUACUUCCAAGAAACUGUGAAGAUGGAUUGCCUGGCAGCUGGGUACUUAGAUCUUCUGAGUCUGGCUAUAUCAAUUCUGAGCUGUUUGUAGAAUGGUUUCAGUUAUGCUUUGUACCGUAUGUUGGAGCCGUCGUCCUGUUCUCCUCAUAUUAG